AUGCUCGGCAUAUUGCUCCAGUGGCAGAUCGUGCUCGACAGCCCCUGGUAUCACAAAGAGAAAGAAAACGAACGCCUUAGACAACUAGUUGGAACAGAAGCCCGUGAUACGGAGCGCCUGGCCCCAGACCAAGAACCCGCAACGAGUGCAAGGUAUCCGCGGAGGGCUCCUAACUUCAGUCCUCCGGUCGAGUCUGGAAUCACGGGCUCUAUCCAGUCGCAUACACAGGAGGGCUUGCUCCCACUGAGUUCUACGCCGUCACAGGAUGGAUCGGCGGAACAGCCGUACCGGCCCGGAGACAUCGCGCACGAGCUGGGUAUGAUUAGUGUUUCUGCCGGCGUCUCCAAGUACAUCGGUCCGUCCAGCGGGUUCUCCAUCGCACGGCUGGUCUUCGCUCGGGCAGAUCAGGCCAGCGGCGACCGCCUUAGGGCAUCUGCGCUCGAAGACACUGAGGGAGACUUGGGAAGCCGUUCCUUUCUCAUGCUUAAGCCUGCCCCGCUACCAGCAUCUGAACAAGAGGCGUUAGAGUUGUCGCAGAUAUUCUUCGAACACGUUCAUCCGAGGUAUCCCUUUCUGCAUGAACCAACCCACAUGCGCAGAAUCGCCGAGGUGUAUCGAAAUCCUCAAGCGCCAAUAGAUCUGAGGUUUCAAGUAACCAUGGUGCUAGCUAUAUCUGCUAUUAUCAUGUCGAGACGGCUUAGAAAACCGUUCAAUGGUGAAGGCAUGUGUGCUACGGCAAUGGAGUAUGCGGAUCAAGUUGACUUUCAGAACUCUGCCGAAGGCGUUCAAUGCCUGCUCCUCAUCUACCUGUUUACGCUGCAUAGUCCGGUGCUCGGUUUCAACCCGUGGUAUCUCAACUACCAGUGCCUAGCUGCCAUCGUGGAUCUCGGCUUCCACCAUGACAUCGUCUCAACGCAGUCCGUGGAUCGUUAUGGUGGCGAAAUGCGAAGGCGCAUAUUCUGGGUAGCCUACUCAGUAGAUCGAAUACUUGCGAGCACCCUUGGACGGCCCAUAGGAUUCGGAGAUGAGGCAUGCGACCUGAAGGUAAAACCCAUGGAAUUGUUGCUUGGAGAACUUCACGCUGAUGCCGCUUCUCAGAUGCCGGACCUUCUAGACGACCAACAGCUUGAGCUUCUGCGAACAAACGGUCAAUUCCCGGAGCCAUCACCUAACAUCGACAUGAGUUCGUCCUCUUGCUCGCUGGUGCAUUUCAAACUCGCCCUCUUCAACUCGGAGAUAAUAUACGUCUUGCACAGCAAGGCAGCAGCGCCGGAGUACACGUAUCCACAGGUUCCCGAUAUAGACACUUGGAAAAGCGGAUUGUACACACGCCUCUUGUCCGUGCAUGAAGAGUUUUCGGAUCUUCAAAGCGAGCACAAAUAUCUGUGGUUGCUCUGCGAGAUACGUUACCACGAGGUCGUCAUGCUGCUGUUCCGUCCCACUCCUCGACUUCGUCAUCCGGGCCAGGCCUCUUUAUACCAGUGCUUCACCAGCGCUGAAGCCACGAUAAAUCUAUGGAAGAAUCUAGCCGAUUCGAACAGGAUAUCAUACUCCUGGUCUAGCGUCCACUCCAUUUGCCUGAGCGCUAUCACCGUGCUCUAUUGCAUCUGGAUGGUCCGGGAUUUGGCCGUCAGUACGGAAAUUAGCGAUCUCACACAGACCAUGAUGACGGCCAUAAGCCUGCUGAGUGCUUCGGGGGAAUACUGGAGCGACGCGAGCCGAUGCCGGGACUCCCUGAACAAUCUAGCCGCAGCCACCAUAAAAUGGCUUGUUGGUGUACGCGCAAACACGAUGGCUACAGCCCAGCCUCAGGACCCAGUCGCGCGGCCAGAGCCUCCGUCAUACACGGAACUUGGUAACAGUAUGCCACAGUGCAACGAGACGGCAGCGCAGAUACUUCCUGGGAAUAUGCCAGAUAGAGGACUCCAGUGGGACCCGGACUUCCCUUGGAUCGACACUUAUAUCAAUAGCGAGGAUCUGACAACUCUCUUCCGAACAUCAAAUUUUGAAGACUGCGAUUUGACGAGCACAGUGGAGGGCAUGUUCAGCGAAUUCCCGCCUAUUCUGAAUUUAUGUCAUGAGAACGUCUGUCGGAUGUAA